UGAUGAUUCGGCCAGCUGCAACAUCACAUCCAGCCAGGCGACUAUGCCCUCCUGUCGCUGGUCCAGGGGCAAUCCCAUUGGGUCUCAUGGUUUCGACGUACACCCUCGAAAGCCUCAACAAUGAAGGCUACAUCAACUAUGCCGUCGAGUCAACGGUCACUGAACUCGAUCUAGCCUUUGGAUAUGGUGCUAUCAUAAGACAAGCGGAAGAACAGAAGGGACAGCACCAACCCGGCGAACCGUAUCAUAUUCAUCCCUGUCUCCAACGUAGCCAAUGGAUAAACAUGGGCAACGAUGAAGACUGGGAAGCUGUCUUGCCGUCUGUCGAGCUGGCUUCACGGUUUCUGGAUGAUCCUGCAGUAACACCCUUCUUCGCUGGCCUAGCAGGGAACAAUGUUACAAAACUGAAUGAUACUAUCCAUGAAAAGACUCACAAUAUGACUUUUGACCGAUGGGAGUAUGAUAGCACGGUUGGAUGCCUUGUUCGCAAUGAUGGCAUUCAGGAAAUGGAUCGUGCUGGUGUUCGAGAAGAUGUCGAACUUUCAUGGUUUCACGGGAUGGCGAGUGUGUCCAUUGAUCGAAUCAUCACACCAUCCUUGCGUCUGAUCGGUUAUCUUCGUAGGGAUGAAGCUAAACAGAAAAUGAUCCAGGAUACGGAGCCCGAGCACAGUCUCAGCCCUGGUCACCAGGUACUGAUGAAGAAACAGCAAGGCUACGGANCGAGUUUCUUACUCGCGACACUCAUAUUACAUGAAUUCGCACAUUGUGCUUGGCAGAUACGCUCACUGAACAAGGGCGAAAUCGCAAAUCCUGAACCAUUUCUACGCGAUCGACCAACCAAUGAGCUGGGUCAUGAGUUCGAGAACAUGAUCUUUUCAGGCUUGAUCNGGGCUAGUGGCUCAAGAGAUCGGCCUGUCUCUGCACCAUAUGGUCUCAGGAUUGGGCGUUAUCCAGGUCCGGGCCUUGCAGAAAUCGAAAGUGAGGAACAAGGAUUGUAUCCAAGGGGUCAAGCUCGAGAUUGGGGAAGAGUCUGGCGCACUGAAUAUCCCGUUCAUAUGAAGUUCUGUAAGAAAAUGUUUUCAAAGGACUUCUGGGAUGGAGAAGUUGCUAGAUAUGGUCUUGCCGCUUGCCGUCCAGACAGAAUAAAAGGGGUCAGAGGGUUUUUCAAGAAGGUUGUGAAAGUCGACCCACUGGCGGAUGGUCUGAGUCCAAAAUCAUUGGCUCUGCAUGAAAUGGCUGUGGAACGCAGAAAUUUGAAGAUGGCAGCUGUUGUCAAGGCCGAUGAUAUUGACAGAAGUGAUACAGAGGAUGAGGAUGAGGAUGGCUUCGUCAUGAUUGGCAUGGCAAAGUGUAUGAAGGCUCUCGAAUCGGCAGAAGCGGAUCAAGACGGUGAUGUGCCCAUGGCUGACGCUUCU